ACGGACAGGUAACUGAUGGCGAAUCUUUUGAGGUGUGCAGAAGAAAAGCACACCUGUCAGGACUGGAGAAAGCCAUUCAAGCCCUUGGACCGGGAGGUUAACAGAUAGUCAACAGUAAAGCAGCACAUUUGAAUUGCCUUUGUCCCAGGUUAGGUGACAUAAACCUGACAGACAAUCAACUGGAACGUGAAAUAAAAGCAACAUUUUCCUAGCAGUGCUGAGCUUGCUGUGCCCUUCAGCCCCGCGCGCCGGAGGACCAUUUGCAUGGCAGGUCCAGUUAAAUGAGGAGCCCAGAUUCUCUCUACCUGCCAUGCAAACCAGCGGAGCAGCAGUUAAAGCAGCCUCUCUCCAGAGAUAUGGAAAUCAUCCGCUCUCAGAUUGACUCUCUAGACACUGAGCUGUAAAGCAGAGCUGUGUGUCCGUCCGAGCCGGUCUGAAGAUGCCUCGCUCGUUCCUGGUCAAGAGGAAGCAGUCGGCCUGCGCUGGAUGGCAGUGGAAGGAGCCGGAGCCGGAGCUGGAGCCGGAGCCGGAGCCGGAGCUGGAGCCGGAGCCGGAGCUGGAGCCGGAGCCCUGCUUCAGUCCUCACACAGUGUGUAAUGUGUGUGUUUCAGCGUCUGUCCAGACUCCCAGCGCUGGUCUGGAGUCAGUGUGUGAGCACAAACACACAGCUCUUCCUCAUCCUCCUCCUCAUCCUCCUCCUCAUCCUCCUGCGCUGGCCUCGGCUCCGCUCAACAAGGUGAAGCUCCUGCAGAUCCUCAGGGUCUGGUCCUGGAUCUCCAGGAAGCUCAUGUGUGUCUCGCUCUGCUUCCAGGCGCGUGAAUCCAGCGGCUCGUCAGAGUUCCUGUGCUCCGUGUGUCAUAAAGUGUUUCCUCUGCAGCGCAUGCUGACGCGUCACCUCAAGUGCCACAGUAUGAUCAAGAGACACCCCUGCAGGUUCUGCGGGAAGGGCUUCAACGACACCUUCGACCUGAAGAGACACAUGAGAACACACACCGGCAUCCGUCCGUACCGCUGUGAUCUGUGUGAGAAGGCCUUCACGCAGCGCUGCUCUCUGGAGUCUCACCUGCGGAAGAUCCACGGCGUACGACAGCAGUACGCUUACCGUCAGCGGCGCUCCAAGAUCUUCGUGUGUGAGGACUGUGGCUUCACCUCCAGCCGACCGGACGAGUACUUCCUCCACGUCAGACAGCAGCACCCGAGCAGCCCGGCCCUGCGCCGUUAUUACCGUAAACACAUGCUGGAGAGCCCCUCGCAGCACAGCAUCGCCCCCUUCAUGCUGUACCCCGCUGCAGGACUCUACAUGUGAAGCACUACACUACAUGCACACUACGCACAGGAUACUUCAUAUCUUCAUUUCUCAGCAUCUCCAGUAAAUUAUUCUUGAUUUAAGGAUGUUUAGAUAUUUGCACUAGAAAACAAGACACAGAUACUGAGGAAGAGAUGCUUUUUUUAGCAGUUCAUGCAUUUAACACUUUCUGCUCUGAUUUACAAACUUUUAAGGCUUUAAAUUGUGGAAGGGUGAAUUCCGAUGUUUUAAGACCCGUAGAAACCUAAA